CGGUGUCGAGCCGCCCCCUUUCAUGAAGUUUCCGGGUUCUGCAAUGGCGCUGCCGUGGCUGGUGGCGGUGGAGCUACUGCUGUACGGGGGGUGUUUCAUCUGCGGCAUCAUCGCGGCGUCCUCCGUCACGGUCACCCAGGGGGAGUUCUCGGGCCAGUGUGUGCUGUGCUGUCCGAUCGCCGUGGACGAGCCUCCGAUCGCCGUGGACGAGCCUGUCUGUCCGUCUCUGUCGACGAUCGCCGUGGACGAGCCUGUCUCUCUCUCUCUCUGCAGGGAGUCGCUGUGGAUGACCGUGUCUCUCGCUGUGUGUGCCGUCUUCCUCUUCUUCCUGCUGGUGACCGGAUGCAUCCUCAGGAUCGGUCGGGACAGGCUGUGCCAGUCCGCCCUGAAGGACUCGGGGAUCCACAGCUGUCAGGAGGCGGAGGGCAAGAACUGGGCCAGCCCCUACACAGGGCAGCACUUCUACUCCAACCUGCACACAGCGGAGACGUCAGUGUGGGUGAAUUUCUUCCUCUGGGUCCUGGUGUUUGCGUUGCUGGUCAUUCAGAAGAAACGGGGCUCAGAGUUCAGUCCGCUGAGCGCGGGGGACCCCGAGUGGAGCACCUCGGAGGCCGAUCCCAUCUUCCCCCGCCCCUCCCGGUCGUGAAGAGGGAGCCCCCGGCUCUCUGGAGACCCCCCCCCCCUCUCUCUCCCUGGGCUUUAACCCUUUCCCUGCCGCUGACACUCGGGGGAUCCCCGUGACGCUGCCCUUGCACUGCGCCCCUGCAGCACUGACGCCACGCCCCCUUCUUUCUGGGGGCACCCCGAUCAAGUGAGAAGCUCCGUCAUGCACACUCUCCUCUCCUCUCCUCUCCCCCUGUCCUGACAUCUCCCUCUCCUGCCCUCCGACGGGCUACUGACACACUGCCAGGGCAGGCUGGGUAAACACUGAUGGAGUCAUGUUCAUGUGAGGGGGGCGGGGAGAGGAGGAGGAGAGAGGGAAGGGGAGAGGAGGAGGGACAGAGGAGGAGAGAGGGGAGAGGAGAG